AACAAACGAUAAAUAAGAACCAAAAACAAGAGAUACCAAUGAACCUAGACAUGUACCCACCCAAAGCCCGGUCGCAGAGACGCCUAUAUAAGGAACAAUAAAUUACCAAAAGAAGAAGAACAACAAGCAAAAAAAACUAAGAAAAACUCAAAGAUACAAAAAAUAAUAAUAAUGGGGAAAGGAGGAAACUACGUGAAGAUGGCGGUUUCGGAGGUGGAGGAGCUACGACGAAAGAACGGGGAGAUGGAAAAGGAAGUGGAGGAGAUGAAGAAAGAGAUGUUACAGCUUUGGAGGCGGACGCAGGUGGCAGAGGAGGCGGAGGAGCAUCUUUGCUCUCAGCUGGCUGAGCUUGAAGCAGAAUCUUUAGACCAGGCUCGUGAUUACCACUCUCGCAUCAUUUUGCUCAUGAACGAGCUCUCUCGUCUCUCUUCCGACUCGGACUCCUGCUCACCAUAGACAAAGAUAAAUAUCUGUGUAAAGGAUAGGUUCUUAGAUUGUUGGAUGCAUGAUGUAUCCUCCAAAUGGUUCAUAUCAAUGCCAUCAUGUACAGUUUUUUGUUUUGUUAAAAUUCGAAAUUCCUUCGUAAAUUCUUAUUGCUUGCUCUCAUCCCAUUAGUUGGAUGUCUAGCAAUACCGAAUAUUCAAUGCUAAAUCUGAAACACAUUUAUGUUGUCUGAAAAA